AGUUAUGCAAUUCUGCUCUUUCUCUGCAGAGUUUUUGCUACUCUCAACUAUUGGAAAGUGGGUGAGGUGGAGCCUUGGGAUCAGCUCCUAGGACAGCGCCUCUGGGUUUAAGGAGUCCUGGCUGACUCCAGCAUUACAGACUCAGAGAGAGGGGCUUCUCCUGGGAAAUGGAUCCCUCACCAAGUUCAUCGUUUUUUAAAGCAAUUUGAUAUGUCGGAGUCUUUUACUCGCUUGGUUUCCUUCUGAAAGCUUCCGCAUCGGCAGGAGAAGUUCCAUGGAUUUGGACUAAGAUAAAGUUUUGGGAUGUCUCUAUUUGGAUUAAAAUUUGGAAAGAAGAAACUGAGAGAGGUAGAGAGACAACUUCAAGCAAACAACCGGGAUUUUAAUCUGCAGUUUGAAUAUGCUAACAAUUCAAUUAAAACAUCGAAGUACAACUUCUUCACUUUCCUGCCUCUCAACCUGUUUGAGCAGUUUCAGCGAAUAGCCAACGCUUACUUUCUUUUCUUGCUGAUUUUGCAGUUGAUUCCUCAGAUUUCCUCGCUGGCCUGGUUUACAACAGUGGUGCCCCUAGUGCUGGUGCUGGCUGUAUCGGGAGUCAAGGAUGCCAUCGAUGAUUUUAAUCGCCACAAAAGCGACAAGCAUGUCAACAACCGCCCAGUCCAGGUCCUGAUCAAUGGCAUGUUAAAGGAUGAAAAAUGGAUGAAUGUCCAAGUGGGGGAUAUAAUAAAACUAGAAAACAACAACUUUGUGACGGCUGAUCUACUGCUACUGUCAAGCAGCGAGCCACACAGCCUGACAUACAUCGAGACAGCUGAACUGGAUGGUGAAACAAACCUGAAGGUGAAGCAGGCAUUGACAGUCACUGCAGAGCUUGGGGAAGAUCUUCAGAAACUGACAGAGUUCAAUGGUGAAGUCAAAUGUGAGGCACCAAAUAACAAACUGGAUAAAUUCACAGGAACUCUUACUCUUCGAGGAGAGAAGUAUGCCCUGGACAAUGAGAAGAUGUUGCUGAGGGGCUGCAUUAUUAGGAACACAGAAUGGUGCUUUGGUCUUGUGAUUUAUGCUGGGCCAGACACCAAACUAAUGCAGAACAGUGGAAAAACAACUUUUAAACGGACAAGUAUUGAUCGGCUUAUGAAUGUCCUUGUGUUACUGAUCUUUGCAUUUCUAGCACUGAUGUGUCUUAUUCUGGCCAUUGGCAAUGGCAUCUGGGAGUAUGAUACAGGCUACUACUUCCAAGUCUACCUGCCAUGGGCAGAAGGUGUCAACUCUGCCUCCUACUCCGCCUUCCUCAUGUUCUGGUCAUAUGUGAUCAUACUAAACACAGUGGUGCCCAUUUCACUCUAUGUCAGUGUAGAGAUCAUACGCUUGGGUAACAGUUUCUACAUUGACUGGGACCGUAAAAUGUAUUAUCCACCAAAGGACACACCAGCUCAGGCCCGUACCACUACACUCAAUGAAGAGCUGGGCCAGAUCAAGUACAUCUUCUCAGACAAAACAGGAACUCUUACUCAGAACAUCAUGUGUUUCAAUAAGUGCUCCAUCAAUGGCAAAUCCUAUGGUGAUGUGUACGAUAUGUCUGGGCAAAGGAUAGAAAUAAACGAGAAUACAGAGAAGGUUGAUUUCUCAUACAACCAGUUAGCCGACCCGAAGUUUGCAUUCUAUGACCAUAGCCUGGUUGAAGCAGUGAAGCUGGGUGAUGUCCAGACGCACAGGUUCUUCCGGCUGCUCUCACUCUGUCACACGGUGAUGCCAGAAGAGAAGAAGGAAGGUAACUUGGUGUAUCAGGCCCAAUCCCCUGAUGAGGGAGCCCUUGUCACUGCUGCCAGAAACUUUGGAUUUGUAUUCCGGGCUCGCACCCCAGAGACCAUCACCAUUGUGGAAAUGGGAGAAACAAAAGUCUACAAACUCCUGGCUAUUCUUGACUUCAACAAUGUUCGCAAGAGAAUGUCUGUUAUUGUGCGGAGCCCAGAAGGUGACCUGACUUUGUACUGCAAGGGGGCUGACACCAUUCUUUAUGAGCUGCUCCAUUCAUCCUGUGACUAUCUCAAAGAAGAGACCACAGAACACCUGAAUGAGUUUGCUGGUGAAGGUCUGAGGACACUCGUGGUGGCUUAUAAAAACUUGGAUGAAGAGUACUUUCAGGACUGGAUCAGGCGUCACCAUGAAGCAAGCACUGCCUUGGAAGGACGGGAAGAUAAACUAUCGGAGUUAUACGAAGAGAUUGAAAAAGACCUCAUGCUUCUAGGUGCUACAGCGAUUGAGGACAAGUUACAAGAUGGAGUCCCACAGACAAUUGAGACUCUUGCCAGAGCCAGCAUUAAGAUAUGGGUUCUCACUGGAGACAAGCAAGGUAAAGGGGCUACAGCUUUGGGUGUUUCUCUUCUCUCCCACCGGUGGGAUGGUUCAGCUAAGACCCACGUUCUCUUUUUAUUUUCUUUGAAAACUGCACAGAAAACAAACUUACAAGGCUUUGCUUCAUUGGCAGCUUGGCAAAACUCUCUGAAAUUAGACCAGAUAACUGUAGCUACUGCUUGUUCUCAAUUCCCAUCCUCAGUCUGGAAGCAGUGUGAAGUCAUCAUCCUUUCCCUUAGGAGAGGUGGCAGAGAGCAUCCGAUAGACCCUGUCACGUGCUGUGAAAAGGUCUCACUUUACUAG